CAUCUACACCCGGAAGUUUACAUCGCGCUGUAACGCGACGAUAAUCAUGAGCGGAGUCGUUUAAAAACAAGAGCAUCAUGGGUAACACCGAGAGUGUGGUGGUGCAGAAGCGACUGGCCCGCUUCCGCCCCGAUGAGCGCCCUGUGAUCGAGGGCGCCUUCAACAGGCUCCAGGGUGGAACUGCAGGGAAGACGCUGACGUUGGACGCGCUGCAGACCUCUAUGAGUGGUCUGGCUCCAGACUCCAUGAUCCAGCGUCUCUACAGGUGCAUGUGCAGCAUUGACCCUGGUCUGGUAGCGGCAGCAGCCUCUAGGGACACGAGCGGCUCUGCAGCCCCUGGUGUCAGUCGGGAGCAGUUGGUGGUUUUCCUGGCAGACGCACUGCGGGGCACGGCAGAGGAACGGGCGCCACUCGUCAUGGUCAUGACGCAGCACGGAGCCGAGGCUGCAGCCGCCGUCACAUGUGAGGAGGUCGCAGAGUUCCUGCAGGACCUGAUCUCUGCUGUAGUUCAGAUUCUGGUCCACAGGGGGCGCUUGCAGGGCUGGAAGUCUGGCAGAAUGGGCGAUGGCUCCGUCGGAGUCAAACUCCUGGCAGAGCAGAUGUGUUCUGAGCUAAAACCCACAGAUCAGGGGGGUUGUGAUGUUUCCUGUCUAGAGGACUGGAUCUUCAGGGUUUCUCAGGUGUCCUUGUACCUGGAGUUGUUGGUCGCUGAAGGCCUGAGUGUUUCCCUGAGUGGGCGUCCGGCUCCCACUCUGCUGCCGCCCUGCAGGGAGACGCCCUGGGACAAGCUGCACUGUCUGCUGGACGUCCCCACCCUCAUGUUUCUGGCACUGCAGUUGCCGGACAGGUACAGCGCCCCCUGGAGACUUGUGUUCUCCACACAGCUGCAUGGCGAGAGCUUCACCAGAAUGGUGAGCGGUCUGACCCGUCACGGCCCGACGCUGCUGCUCAUCAAAGACUCGGCGGGACACGUGUUCGGGGGCUUCGCCUCACAUGGCUGGGAGGUCAAACCUCAGUUCCAGGGUGACUCCAGAUGCUUCCUGUUCACUGUGUUUCCCAAACUGAGAGUUUUCACAGCGACAGGGUACAACGAGCACUUCAUGUAUCUCAACCAGCACCAGCAGACAAUGCCCAACGGACUGGGUAUGGGCGGUCAGCACGACUACUUCGGCCUGUGGCUGGACAGUGAUUUCGGCCGCGGUCACAGUCGCGCUCGGCCCAAGUGCACCACAUAUGGCAGCCCUCAGCUCUCCGGGGAGGAAGACUUCAGCGUGGACUCCGUGGAGGUGUGGGCAGUCGGAAAACCCCCAGAACCUGAGGAGGGUGAGGAGGGUAAGAGGAGCGUCCUGGACACAGACCUGGAGGUCCAGGCCAUCAUGGAGAUGACGGGGAAGACUCUGCACAGUCAGGGCCUCAGGGAGCCAGAGGAGGAGGAGCAGUGAGAGGCGGAGUCACUGUCUGCUGAGUCAUGGUGGGAUUGUAUCAUCUGACUCAGCGGGUUCAUGUUUUCACCUGAGCUCGUGAAUCUAUUCAAAAGUGUUUGAGUCAGUCUUACAAUCAUCUGAGAGGACGAGACACUGGAGAGUCUACAAUAAUAACAUCUACAAUAUCAUCCUCCUCUUACUCCUCUUCUUUCUCCUCAUUCUCCUCCCCCUUUUCAUCUCCUCUCUUCUUCCUCACUGUCUUCUUUCUCCUCCUCUUCCUCCUCCUCCUCCUCUUAAUCCUCUUCCUCCUCCUCUUCUUCUUCUUCUUCCACCUCUUCCUCCUCCUCUUAAUCCUCUUCCUCCUACUCCUCCUCCUUCUCAUCUCUUCUUCCUCACUGUCUUCUUUCUCCUCCUCCUCUCUUCUUCCUCCUCCUCUGCUGACAUGUAAAUCAGUUGGAUAAUUUCCAUAUGCAAAUCUCUUCUAUAAUCUCUCAGUGGCACCAUGAUGAAGAUGAAGAUGAUGAUGGACAUUCAAUUCUGACAUCUUUAUAUUUAACAAAAAAAAAGUAUUUUAAUGCGUCUUUUUUUUCUUUCUGUAAAUAAUUUGAAAUAACGAGUUGUUUUAUUUGUGUAACUUUUGAUUCCUGACGACAUUUAUGUCACGUGACGUGAAAGAAAUGAGGCGUUCAAGGAAAUUGGGGAAAAAGCAGCUUUCUCUUCUGCUGUCUGCACUCAGGUCAAUUUCCAGGUUUGACAUACACUGAUCAACAUCAAAUGACUUUGAUUGAGAGAAUAAAGGUCGGAGGAAUCUGUGACUAAGAUAA